GUAACAGUAUAUCCUUAUAGCUGAAAUCAUUAGGACUGGAAAAUAUAGCAAAAUGGCUUCAAAAUAUAAGUAAAUGCUUGCGUCCCAUAAGAGAGAAUGGAAUCAAGAUUUGGUUCAGAAUGAGAGACUCUGGUGUCUGUAUGCCAUGUCGGUGAUCAGUACAUCUUCAAUGUCCACUUCCUCCAGUGGGACCUUCACCUCUCAGGCAGGUGCUGGCACACCAGGGGAACAGAAGGCUGCAGUGCUAAGGGAGUUGCUGAUAUGGAGAGGAGUAGACUUGAGGAAGAUAGACUUGCCUCCUCUUCCUGUAGUACCAAAGGAAAAACUUAGCAUGAGUGAUGCUUGGGACUGUGACAACCAGGCUGUGAGACAGUUAGUAAAUGUAGGUAUACAAUAUAUAGUAUAUACUUGGGACUGUGACAACCAGGCUGUGAGACAGUUAGUGAAUAUUCCCCACCAUAAGGCCCGGCCCAUCCGGUUCAAGCAAGGCUAUGGGGGCCCAGAGGUCAGAGUGAAGAGUGCACCAUCCAGAAGAGAGCCACUUCAGGAAAAAGUGGGAUCUGGAGUGUACAGACGGAGAAUCUCUACAGAUUCUGAACGUUCUAGUAAAUAUGGCAGACCCAAACCUCACAUCUUGCCAACUAUCCAACUCCAUAACCCAUUCAAGCCACAGGGCAAGUACUUCAAGUAUACAGUGGACUUCUACAAGAAGAAAAAUAAAAGUGAAUUAGAGAAAACUGAUUAAGGCAGUCUCUGUCUAUUGUAGAAAUUUUAGCAGAUGCCGAACAGAGAAAUGAUUAGCAGA